AUGGAUUAUUUGACCUUCUUCAGCAAUACCUGGGUCCACGAGUACGUCGAUUUUGAAAGACCAUAUCCUUCACGAUGGGCGAUCGUUAAACUCAUAUUCGAACAUCCCCACCAGCAAAUCGGGCGAUACGAGAAUGAAGUACUCGAGCCUUCAACCCCGUCCUACUCGCAAGCCACCUUCCUCUGUCGCAGCGUGCGGGAGCCAUCCCGCGAGGCCUUCCUCAGAGUGUACAUGCAAGUCCCACACUUAGGCACCGAAGAUGCAUCUCAUGCUAUCCGAUCGGCACAGGCAGGUAGUCGCACCCAUGAUGACAUCGAAGCUCUAGUUCUGUUCAGGGACAGGUGUGCAAAGCAUCUCCCUAGGUGUUUGGGCGUCAAGACAGUAAAACAAGAUAAUACCGGGCUGGUUCCGGGUGGAUACAUGUCUUAUCUCCUGUGGGAGAAAUUACCUGGUGUCUGCCUCGAUGAGGAAAGAGUUUGGUCUUUGGAUAGGACUGAGCGAAAUGCCGUGAGAGAAUCGUUUAAAGCUGCGUACAAGUAA